AUGCUUUCAAGAGAACUUUUGGUGAUCUUUUUGGGUCUGAUCCCGUUGAGUUUAGCGGGUUUUGUUGGAAUUGAUUAUGGUCAAGAUUUCAGCAAGGCAAUGGUGGUUUCACCACAUGCACCUUUAGAAUUGGUUUUAACUCCUGAUUCGAAACGGAAAGAGGUAUCUGGAGUGGCAUUCAAGAAAACGGAAGGAGAUCUAGAACGCUUAUAUGGAUCAGGAAUCGAUGCAGUUCGGGUAAGAUACCCUGGGAAUGCCUUGUUGCAUGUAAAACAAUUACUUGGCAAGAAGUUUGACGACGACCAUCUUUUGUACCAUGAGCAAAAUCCUGGGGUAUUAUUUGCCGAAACUGAUCGCGGAACCGUAGCGUUUAAAGUAUAUGGAGACGAAUUUCCUGUUGAGGAGAUCCUGGCAAUGAAUUUGGAUCAAUUUGUUCAAAGAUCCAAUGCGUUAUUGAAAGAAAAAGGUGGUAGUGAUGUGGUAGAUCAGAUUGCAGUUGGUGUUCCGCAUUUUUACGGACAAGAACAACGCGGAAUGUUGUUGGACGCCACUAAACUCUUAGACGGCAUUGACGCUGUCUUGAUAGAUGAUGGAACAUCUGUUGCUCUCAGCUAUGCAUGGAAACAGCGAGAGUUUGCCUCCGGACAGUCAUCCCACUAUGUUAUUUACGAUAUGGGCAGCGGUUCUACAAGAGCGUCACUAUUUUCCAUUGAGGGCUCUCAUGAUGAUUCUGCUCCAAUAAAGAUAGAAUUUUGUGGAUAUGGUUUCGACAAAACACUGGGCGGAUGUUCAUUUACUUCUGCUUUGGCAGAUUUUCUGCAAAAUCGGUUCCUAGAGCAGAACCCCAAAGUACGCACUGAUGAAUUAAAGUCAAGCUACAAAAGUCUUGCCAAACUUUAUCAAGCUGCAGAAAAGGCGAAAUUGAUCUUAAGUGCUAAUUCGGAAGCCACAGUGAGCGUUGAAUCCCUUUAUAAAGACCUCGACUUCAAAACGUCCGUCACGCGUCAGGAAUUCGAGGAUAUUCUUGAAGACUCCGUGCUCCAGUCGAUCACGCCUGUCGUUGAUGCGAUCGAGGGUCAAUUUUGCGGGGGAAAUAUAUCCAUAGGUGAUGUCAAUGCCAUCAUAUUAACUGGGGGUGCUUCUAGAAUGCCUGUGGUGCAGAGGCAGCUGGCAAACGCGUUUGGCGGAGAAAAACUCGCAAAAAGUGUGAACGCGGACGAGGCUUCUGUUAACGGUGUCACCAUGAGAGGCUUACAGACGUUAGGGUCCUUCCAAGUGAAACCCAUGGAUAUAAUUGAGAGAUCUAAUUUCGACUACUCUGUUUCUUUGCUCGACGAUAAUACGCCUACCGUUCUGUUUGAGCGUGGCAGUCAAUACCCGAAUGUUACCUCUCUCGUUUUACCAACAAAUAGCAUGGAUAACUUCACCUUGGGUCUCUACGAAAACGGCCAUCUCUUCACCACGAUAGAUGUUCUUGCAGGACUGCCAAAAAGAAAGUUCACUGAGGAUGACUGUGCAGGUAGCCUUAUCUUUAACGCUACAUUUACGCUGUCUCGGGACAGAAUAUUUGAUAUAUCUCAAAUCGAGUGCGUCUGUAUCAAUUCUGGUAAUAGCAGCGCUCCAGGUUUCCUUGAUAAAGUCCUCGAUGCAGUUAGGCUGAAUACAACAGAGCAAGCUUCAAAAUUGAAAGAAGCAGAGGCCGGAAAGUCCCAAAAGAUUACUUUUGCUCAUGGACCAGGCUCGCUGGCACGUUUGACUGGCAAGAAUAUUUUGAAACUCAAGCAAAACAUUAAAAACUUAAAUCAGAAAGAUUUAGAGCGAGCCAAGCUUCAAGAACGCAAGAAUUAUUUGGAAGCUGUGCUUUAUAAUUCUCGGAAUUUGCUUUCAGAAGCCGGAAAUGUUGUUGCUUCAUUCUCUCAAGCCAAAGACCUCAAAGAGCUAGUAUCUGAAUACCUGGAGUGGCUCGAUUACGAUGCCUCUCAGGCAACUAUGAAAGACGUGAACGAAAGAAUAGCUCGGAUUACUUCCUUGAGUGCGCUCGUUAAAGAAUUUGCGCGUUCCGAACAUGAGCCUUUGGACACUGACCAGUUUGAGAGCUUUUUCAGUAAUGGUACGACGCUUUUGAAAGCCGUAAAAAAGCAAAACGAUUCGACAGCUGAAUUUUUGAAAGCCUUGGUGCCAGAAUUCGAAGAAGUCGGCUUGAACGCGACUGCUGAAUACUGGAAACUUAAGACACCAAAGCAACAUUCAAAAAGUCUGUCUCACUUUUCGAAGAACAUUUAUACGAUGCAAGCCCUGCUAGCAGAAAUUGAAAGUUUGCUAGAAUCAAACGAAUUAGAAGAGAAGCCUAGAGAAAAGCUGUUUGAACUCAAGCUAAGGUAUGAAACUGCUUCAGAAAACAUGGCCGAACUCCUCCUCGCCCUAGAGGAAACUCAAAGUCACCAUUUGAAGGAACUGGCAUCACUUUACAGUAGGAGACAGCGCGUUCUGAAGAAAAGAGAAGAGCGGCGGAAAGCGACAUUUUUGUCUUCCAAUGAAACCUCCUCAGUGGACCCAGUGGAAACCUCUGAAUUCACAAAAACGGAAACGUUCAGCAACUCCGAGUCCACCACAUCAAUGGACGAGACAUCAAAAUCUCGCACCUCUGUCGAACAUGAUGAACUAUAA